CCUGUCAUCACUGUCAAAAGCACAUGUCAAAAUGACAAAAAACAUAACCUCGUGUGAUUUUUGUUGUGUUGGAGAAUUUUGAUUAUUUUCUCAUGAAGAUUGCAUUGAAAACAUUCGAAACUUGUUCCGGUGUAUAAAUCUCAUCAUGACUUGUCCUGAAAUUGAAGAUAUUAUCCAAAAGUUUAAUUCCUUCACCGAAAAACCGGUGAAUUUCCUUACGGUACAAAGUGGUAUUAAAGAUGAUGUGAAAAACUUGGUAAAAUCUCUUUACGAUUACACUAAAAGUGAAGAACCGAAUAAUAAAAAGAAGAAGAAGACUGCUCUACGUAAGCUCAUCGUGCAGGACUUCGAUGAAGAGCAAAUAUGGCAGCAAAUCGAACUUCAGAAUACUGAAUGUUGGGACCAACUUGUAUGGGAUGUAGCGAACUGUGUAUCUGCGAAAAAGGACCUUGUGUGGCCUGUGGAGACCGGUAAGAAGCCUAAGCCGCCUAAAAAUGUGCCUAUAGAGGAUGAAGAAGAUUGCGCGCCAUCUGAUGAACAGGAUGAUGGUAUAUCUGAAGCCGAAGGUGAAGAUGAUAUGUCUGAGGCAGAAGGUGAUGAUGAUGAGUCAGAAAAGCCGUCCAAAAAGUCUAAAAUCAAUAAAAACUCCAAUGAAACCUCAAGGAAAAAGUUCAAGCCAUCGAUUGUCGAUGACAAGUUUUUCAAACUGCAAGAAAUGGAGAAAUUUUUGCUGGAUGAAGAGAAAAAGGAAGGCAAAAAGGGGGGCAAAGAUGAAUCAGAUAGUGAAGAGGAAUUACCUUUAUUUGAGGAUAUUGAUGAUGAGGGAUCCGGGGAAGAGGAUAUGAUGUACACAGACUUCUUUGGGGAGCAAGAGGGUGAUCAAGAUAAUUUCGAUGAAGAAUAUCAGGAUGAAGAUGAUGUUGAAGAUGAUUUGGAAAUGGAACAGGAACAAUUGGAACAAAGGAGUGCAGAAAAAAAAGAAAAAUCAAAAAAGAAAGACAAAAGAGUCACUUUUGCUGAUGAGUCUUCAGAUGAUGACUCUGAUGAUAGCACACAAAAUGAUCAGAUUGUUAAGAAUUUACAACCAAACAAAGAUGAGAAGAAAUCUGACUUUGAAUUACGUCAGCAGCGAUUACAACAAACAAUAACUAGGCUUGAAGAAAAAAAUCUAAAAGAAGCUCCAUGGCAGUUGAAAGGCGAAGUUGAUGCUACGAAACGUCCACAAAACUCUCUAUUACAAGAAGUGGUAGAUUUUGAUCUGACUAGCAGACCAGCCCCAAUCAUUACGGAGCAAACUACCAUCACAUUGGAAGACAUUAUCAAACGCAGAGUCAAGGACAAAGCGUGGGACGACGUUGUCAGAAAAGAGAAGCCUGUUGAUGACCAAUUAUCUUUCCGGAAGAAGGAAAUCAUCGACCAAUCUAAGAGCAAACAAAGCUUGGCCCAAGUGUAUGAAGCUGAGUAUUUAAAACAAAAGCAAGCAUUAUCUGGAGAUGUAGAAGAUGAAAAAGAACCAGAACUUUAUACGGAGAUUAGAGAGUCUAUGGACAAGGUGUUCGCUCAGCUCGAUGCAUUAUGCAACUACCAUUACACUCCGAAAGCACCACAGGCUGAAGUCAAAAUUGUUAACAACACACCAGCUAUCUCUAUGGAGGAGGUUGCUCCGAUCGCUACAAGCGAUGCCAACUUACUAGCACCAGAAGAAGUCAAGAAGAAGCGUAGAGGAGAUCUUAUGAGCAAGGCGGAAAGAACACAGACAGACAAGAACAGGGAAAGAAGGAAAAAGAAGAAGCUGCAACGUAAGAAGGGAGGAAUAACGAAAGUAACGGACAACAGAAACACAAAGAAGGGUGUCGAAGCUAGUGAUAAGUUGUUAAAAACAUCGAAAGCGUUCUUCCAACAGCUUAACGAUGAUUCGACUAGCCUAAUUAAAUCUAAGAAUAAGCGUGCUGUUAAAAAUAAAGGACAAUAAAUGGUAUAUUUAUUAAA